AUGGACGAGCAGCAGUCACUGCCUCCGCUGGAGGAUUAUUAUACUCAGAUGUCAAGAGACGCAUUACGGACCGACGAAAGCCUUGGCGGAGUUGCGACUGCAGCAGAAGGUUUCGUAUCGGUUGUAGCUCCGGUCCGUGAGCAGCAAGAGGACGCCAGUGUCACUGAGCCUGUCGAGGAACACCGAAGGCCCAACGUGCCUACAAAGUGUUCUCAACCCUGGCCCUGCGAAGCGUGCCGGAGAAGCGGAAGAACUUGCGUUCCUCAAUCGGUUCGACAGAGCUUGAACCAUCGUACUACGAUCUCUACCGAAAUACGAACAGAGAAGUCGUCAGUCCGCAGGGUUUAUGCCGACCAGCCCUCUAGCGACACAACAACGGAUGUGGCUCACGUCAGCGAGUCCAUGGAGGGACACCCCUGGAGCGCGUCUGAUAUGGGCUGCGCUUCAGAUAUCAGUAUCCCAAGAGACAAUGGUCCUGCACGUGGCUCAUCCACUACGUGCCCUGCAAACGUUACUGCUCGUGGGCAAUGGAAUGAGAUUAGAGAUGAUAGGAACAGCACUAUUCUAUCCGGGAUCGGCGACAAUGCAGGCUGGGGACCCCCAUCUAGCGCAAUCGCACUCCCGGACUCGUAUAUGCCCGCAGACAACUCGACUGGGGAUCCUACGACAGAUCCAUGGUACUUGACGCCUAUGGAACCAUGCUCGUCGGAGACAUUACCCGCAUCUUUCUGGGAUUGGACCUGGCCUCAAUCCGGGUGUCUAACCGGGUCCGAGACCAACGGUUUGUCACGUACGUCUAUUCCUGCAUUACAGGCGGCAGGAUGGCCCUUUGGAGGCGAGGCUGAACAGCCUCAAUAUCCGAGCACAAGCGGCGUCAUGCCCUUCUGGGCAUACCACCCACAAGAGCUGUACCCUCCAGGUCCCUCUUUUGAUGCACCGGACCCUAUACCCUCGUCCGAUGCACUCGGGCUCUCUUCUAUACUAGAAACUGCGCCACCGAGCUUUCCGAGAUUCCAUCAUGUGCAGCAUGUCGAGGAAGCCAGCUUGGCGCUCCCGACUGAGCCUCCAAUGCUAUUGCCUCCCUGGGAUCCAUUGGCGCGUCUUUCCGCAGCAUUGCCCAUGACGGACUUCCACCGCCACAGCUUGCAUCAACAACCAUCUGCGCCCAUCCCUGUUCGAAACACCGACCCGACAGUACCCCCAUGGCUACAGACUAUGAUGGAUUACCAGGAAGCUGAAGUGAGACCAUUCGACGAUUUCGGUGCCAGCAGCCUGGAUUUACCUCGUAAUGUCACGGUGCCAGAAGACCAGGUCGAGUAUUGUCACACGACCUAG